GCGGCUGCAGCACUCAUGGCAAAUCUUGCUCCAAAAACCAAGGUCCGUCGAGAUGGAGCAUUUGUUGAGCAAGACGCUGCUAUAUUAGUGCCGGGAGAUAUUAUCAGCAUCAAGCUUGGAGACAUUAUCCCUGCAGAUGCUCGUCUCUUGGAAGGUGAUCCUCUCAAGAUUGAUCAGUCUGCACUUACUGGUGAAUCAUUGCCCGUCUCAAAGAAUCCAGGUGAUGAAGUUUUCUCUGGCUCCACUGUUAAGCAAGGUGAGAUUGAAGCUAUUGUGAUUGCCACUGGGGUACACACCUUCUUUGGUAAGGCUGCUCACUUAGUGGAUAGCACCAACCAAGUAGGACACUUCCAAAAGGUGUUGACAGCAAUUGGAAACUUCUGUAUUUGCUCCAUUGCUGUGGGGAUCAUUGUGGAAAUUGUUGUCAUGUACCCUAUUCAGCACCGCAGGUAUAGGGAUGGGAUUGAUAAUCUCUUGGUGCUUCUCAUUGGAGGGAUUCCCAUUGCCAUGCCAACUGUCUUGUCUGUAACAAUGGCUAUUGGUUCGCAUCGCCUUUCUCAGCAAGGAGCCAUCACCAAGAGGAUGACUGCCAUUGAGGAAAUGGCAGGCAUGGAUGUUUUAUGUAGUGACAAGACUGGCACUCUAACAUUGAACAAGCUCACAGUUGACAAGGCCCUAGUUGAGGUUUUCGAAAAAGAUAUCGACAAAGACAUGUUAAUUUUGCUUGGAGCUAGGGCCUCUAGAGUGGAGAACCAGGAUGCUAUUGAUGCUUGCAUUGUUGGGAUGUUGGGCGACCCGAAGGAGGCUAGAGAUGGAAUCCAAGAGGUGCAUUUCCUUCCCUUCAAUCCAGUGGACAAGCGUACAGCCAUAACUUACAUUGACUCUGCAGGCAAUUGGCACAGAGUUAGCAAAGGUGCUCCAGAGCAGAUCAUAACACUCUGCAAUCUCCGGGGUGAUGUGCUGAAGAGAGCUCAUGCCAUUAUUGAUAAGUUUGCCGAGCGUGGUCUUCGAUCUCUUGCUGUUGCUAGACAAGAAGUGCCGGAGAAGACAAAGGAAAGUGCAGGAGGACCAUGGCAUUUUGUGGGUCUCUUGCCUCUCUUUGAUCCACCUAGACAUGAUAGUGCAGAGACCAUCAGAAAGGCUCUCGGACUCGGAGUGAAUGUGAAGAUGAUUACCGGUGACCAAUUGGCUAUUGGUAAAGAGACAGGUCGCAGGCUUGGCAUGGGAAGCAACAUGUACCCUUCUUCCUCUCUCCUUGGUGACCACAAGGAUGAGUCCAUUGCUGCUCUUCCUAUUGAUGAGCUUAUUGAAAAGGCUGAUGGGUUUGCUGGCGUCUUUCCUGAGCACAAGUACGAGAUUGUCAAGAGGCUGCAAGAUAGGCAUCACAUUUGUGGGAUGACUGGAGAUGGUGUGAAUGACGCACCGGCCUUGAAGAAAGCAGAUAUUGGAAUUGCAGUGGCUGAUGCAACUGAUGCAGCUCGAAGUGCGUCUGACAUAGUCCUGACAGAACCAGGUUUGAGUGUGAUUAUAAGUGCAGUGUUAACCAGCAGGGCUAUUUUCCAGAGGAUGAAGAACUACACCAUUUAUGCCGUCUCCAUAACAAUUCGUAUUGUUUUGGGAUUUAUGCUCCUUGCUCUUAUAUGGAAAUUUGAUUUCUCACCUUUCAUGGUACUGAUCAUUGCUAUCCUCAAUGAUGGGACCAUCAUGACCAUUUCCAAGGACAGAGUCAAGCCAUCUCCAAUUCCUGAUUCCUGGAAGCUCAAUGAGAUUUUUGCUACUGGCAUUGUCCUUGGUGCUUACCUUGCUGUUAUGACUGUUGUCUUCUUUUGGGCUGCUCACGCAUCUGAUUUCUUCACAGAACAUUUUGGAGUUAGAUCUAUCAGGCACAGCAAUGAUGAGCUUACUGCAGCUGUUUACCUUCAAGUGAGUAUAGUGAGUCAAGCUCUCAUCUUUGUCACUCGUUCAAGGAGCUGGUCAUAUGUUGAACGUCCUGGUCUUUACCUUGUUGGAGCCUUUUUCUUAGCACAAUUGAUUGCGACCUUAUUAGCCGUGUAUGCAAACUGGGGCUUUGCAAGGAUUAAAGGAAUUGGGUGGGGCUGGGCUGGUGUGAUUUGGCUCUACAGCAUCAUCUUCUACAUUCCUUUAGACAUCAUAAAGUUCAUCAUCCGAUAUGCAUUGAGCGGCAAGGCCUGGAAUAACAUUACUGAGACCAGGACUGCUUUCACAACCAAGAAAGACUAUGGAAGGGGUGAGAGAGAAGCACAGUGGGCUGCAGAUCAACGCACAAUGCACGGAUUGAAUCCUCCUGAAGCAGAUGAUAUCUUGAAGGACAAGACAGAUUACAGAGAACUCACUGAAAUUGCAGAACAAGCAAGGAAACGUGCAGAAGUUGCAAGGUUGAGGGAGCUUCACACACUGAAAGGGCAUGUGGAGUCUGUGGUGAAGCUGAAGGGACUUGAUAUUGAAACAAUUCAGCAGCACUACACUGUGUGA